GUAAGAAGCAGUCCACUUCUGUUGAAGCACAUUCUUGAGGAGGAGGCACGCAGUGGUCUAGAUGAGCCAACAGCCGGUGGGACUAGCGCCGGAGGUGGCUAUCAAAGUGACGGAAGCCGGGACUCGAGGUUGUGUGAAGAGGCUCGGGUGCGCGGACACUCGAACAGCCUCGGAGGUGGAGGUCUGGCUGGACGACGGAUCCUGCUUCGCUCUGGUUCUGUUGAAGAGCAAGUGGGCGAGCUUCGCGGUACAGCCGGCCUCUUGCACUUGAGAACCGGUCGGGCCAAUGGCUCCGGGGGCGCCCAUAGCCCGGCUUGGACACGUCGACUAUCCCCAGCCGCGGCGGUACUUGCGAAUGGUGGAGGUGGUGCUGGGGGGACAGGCUUCUCACGGCCUGGAAGUGUGACCAGCUGGGCUGCGGCACUUGGGGGCUACUCGUCUGCCACGGUAGAUCGCCGACGGCGAUCCUCAUUCUCAUCUCCGUUGGCCAGCAGCUUGGCCGGAAGCUUGGCUAGUGGAACUGGAACCACCAGCGGACUGCGAUAUGCAACCAGCGGUGGCGGUGGUGGUGGGUCGGCCGGUCAGAUGUCGGCCAUGGCGACUGCGGCCGCGCAUCAUUUGGCCGUUGGGUAUCGGACCUCUCGCGAUCGUCGCUGCAGUGGCCCUCCUGGGCUGCUUCUGCUGGCCGCCAGCGCCAUCUACAUGGCCACCAACUCGGCCACAACACCGGCCGCCGCUUGCUCCGGCACUCCUGCAAGCCUAGUCCCGGGGCUUGGGCAAAGUGUGGUUGAGGAGCAAAGUGAACCCAAGCCGGCUGCAGUAGGCCCGAUCAGCUCAGUGGCCUCGGAUGCUGACCUGCAAGAAGCCGGACUGGCUGGCAUCGGACAUGCUGCGGGGAUGACGGACAAUUUGCCUCUUACACCAGCCUCAACGGCUCCUCUUGUCGGCGGUUGGCCGGUACCGCAGCGCCGUCGGAAGCGUAGGCCCGUUACUUUGCUGGGCCAGCUUCCUCAACCUACCGUUAUGUCCACGUCAGGAUUUCGACAAGACGCUCAGGCAACACCGACAGUCGCCAACGGAGCGUUAACUGACAAGUGGGUUGCAUUUAAUAGACCGGCUAUUGCCAGAAGCACCAUCGCAUCUCUCAGCCAUCGAGGCAAUCAUCUGCUUCAUACAAUAGUCUGUUAA